AUGAUGAAGAGCGAGAAAGAUGAUAUUAAAUAUACAGAAUCAAGUCGCUCUAUAACAUCCUCAGCAGAGGAAGAUAAGUCAAAGUCUAAGACAAAAACUGCAUUCAGUAAAGGCAUCAAAAAAUUGGGACGUUCAGUAUCUAUACUAGGAAUUGGGACACCUGAAGAGGCUCCGACUGAUGGCUUUCAGGCUGUUGGAUAUGAAUCUGUUGAUCUGCCGAAUGAUCCAAUUGAAGUAACGUAUUUACCUGAAAGAUCUUUAUCAUCGUCAUCUUUAAAAAAGUCAUCUGAGAACUCUCGCUCAUCAGCCGAGCAUCAACAUGGUAAGCACCAUUUGGAAAGCAAUAAACCUGAUAGCAGUUUAACAAGUAGCAGCUCCGUAAGUGUAGCGAGCUGUGAUCCUAGAACGAAAACAUCAACUUCGCAUGGCGACCGAUCUUUGUCUCUGGUUGGCUUAAACUUGGCUGGAUAUGGGUUGCUGUCAGAUGCUUUACCUAACUCUCAUAUUAAUUCACUGCUGAAAAUAACUGAUGCUGAAAAUGACUUUAGCUCUGAAAUAAACGAGGCUAACAGAAAUCAUUAUGUCCUGAAUAAUUUAGAUGCCAAUGAAAUAUUUGCAAAGAAUGAAAUGCAAGGUGGAAGUCAUGCUGAAGGGGAAGGACCCUUAGGGCCUCCUUUGGGCAUACAACGAGCGAAUACUGUUGCGUCGUAUUCUUUCCCGAAGCCAGAGCUAAGACGAAUCGGUAGUGUGAGCCGUUUACUUUCAUCAAGAAACAUUGGAAGCACAAACGGAGCUCUGACUGGAAGCUCUAUUCAGUCCUUUAGUUCAGUUACGUCUCACAUGAGCCAAAUGCCAAGUCAAGAAGUGGUGGACCUACUAUUCGAGAAAUUGCUAUCUGUCAGGGUGUUUGCUGAAAAAGCUGUGAAGAGUUUGAAACAACAACCUACGAAGCGCAAAUGGGAGUUACUACUUCGUGAAAGUGAGACAAACUCCGAGUUUCAGCUAAAGUCAUAUAUCAAAUCAAUUAACCUUUCUCUUGAAUCUACCAGGUCACAAGCGAGUGCAGCUGAUGAGAAAACAGUCAAAAGUGUUGAUUCGUCUGAAAAGCGCUUAUUUGACCACCAAACUGCUCCAGUGUACGUAAACUCUAAUUCUACUUCUACUUCUGUUGGUCCAAAGUCUGAGCCCGUAUCUAGUAAGGAUCUGGUAAGUGCAGCUUCAUCGCUCAAAAAAACGAAAAUAAAAGAAGGUUCACCUGGUUGGUAUGUUAGCCGCAUUAUGUCAAAUAAACUAAACACAACAGGUUAUAAAAGAUUAGAGAAGAAGUUGAACGAAAAUAGCAUGUCAUCGAAAUAUAAUACCAAUUGGGUUGAGAGUUUUAUCGAAGCUCAGGGCGAGACUGCACUUUCUGUAAUCUUAUCAAGAAUAAAUAAGAAGAGCAUUAAGUCUAAUGAUGAAUUCGAUAAGGAGUUCCUUAUCGUCAAAUGUUUCAAAAACAUUUUAAAUGCAGAAUUUACAGAAGGACAGAAUCAGACAGGGUCAUCACUGAUUAGAAAUAAAUCUCACAUAAUAAGGUCUAUUAUAUUUUCAUUGAUAUCACCUAGAGUAGCAACAAGGAUUCUAGUGACUGAAGUCUUGAUUUUCUUGGCUUAUUAUCAAGAUAAUGAGCUUGCACCUAACAUACUAGAAGCAAUGAUAAACUUACAAGAUUUACUAGGUGAUUUUGUUAGGUUUCAGCCUUGGAUUAAUUCUUUCGAAUCUUUUUUGAAUCAAUACUCGAACUCAGUUAGUGGAGAUAAAAAGAAUCGUGAAUUUCAGCUUAAAAAUUACUCUUUAACCACCCUAUUGCUUGUGAAUGCUCUAAUUGAGGGAACGAAGCAGACCAAGUCUCGAAUUUUCAUAAGAAAAGAAUUAACAGAUUCCAAUCUUUUAAAAGUAUUUGAUAGGUUAAAAGCGAUCAAAGAUAGAAGAAUUAAUGAUGAAAUCGAGCAAUAUGAAUUAUUUGCUGAAGAAGAUAAUUUAUAUUUCCUGACCCCAAUUGAAAGCGUUACGAAAAUAGAUUUGAAAUCGCUAUCAAUUAAUGAGUUAUUUAACGACCUAAUGAAAGAUUUCGAAGACUCUGAAACAGAAUUUAACCGCCAUUUUAGAUCUAUACUAGAGAAUCUUUUUCUUCUCAAAAAUAGUGGUCGAUCAAACAGAGAAAUUCGGGACAUUUUAAUUUUAAUGAAUUCAGUGUUGCAUCGUAUUAUCCAAGAAUCCACUACUGCUAUGGCCAAUACUGACUCAGUAAUAUAUAAUUCGAUCCAAAAACUUACGGAUAGCCUCGCCACAGAUGAUACAGCUAGAAGAGCGCUACUUGAAUCGAAGGAUUUGGCAGAAAAAGUCAAACUUUUGAAACAAACAAACAAAGACUUGAAAAAAGAAACUACGUUUGGGUUUGAUGAAACGAUUUUGAAAUUAAAAGAAUCUAAUGAAGCGAAAGAAAAUAUUAUUGAUUCGCAACAGAAAAAAAUUGGUAUCUUGCAAUAUCAACUCAAGAUUCUUGAGCGGGAAAAGAGUAAAAACAGUAAUCCCAGUUAUUCCAGUAAUUCGCCCAAUUCCUUUUCGGAUUCGGUUCAGAGUAAUAGUGAACGAAACCAAAGCACGGUGGGCAAAGGGGAUAAGCAGUUGAAAAUAAAGUCGGCAUCUCUAUCAGAUCGAGUAUCUAAAGCGGCUCGUUCAGAUGAGACCUCUUUGGCACAAGUGCAAUUUCAGUACACUAGCAUAUCUGAAGGAGCUCCUAAGGUUAACGAAAGGUCAGCCACAGAUCCAGAGGCUCCCUCAAAACCAGGUAAAAAAAUUGUUCGCUCCCUAACACCUCCGCGACCCUUGGUUCAGUUACUAAGCUACCAAGAGUCUCCUCAAGGUCCUCAAUCUGCCCCGGGAUUUCCAAAUGCAACUGUACCGUACACAACGUCAGAAAGCGUUACAACUCUGCUUCCUAAAUCUGCCCCGCCGGCUCCACCGCCGCCGCCGCCGCCGCCUCCUCCUCCUCCUCCUCCUCCUCCUUUCCUAGUGCCAUCUGGAAAGACUUCGAAGAAUGCAGCGCAUCCACCAUCUCAAACUUCGCUUACUGCUCCACCACCUCCCCCUCCCCCUCCACCGCCGCCGCCGCCGCCACCUUCACUAAUUCCACCAUCUGUUGAUUCUUUGAAAAGAGGAAGCUCCGAGCUUAUGGAAGCUUCUAAACACAAGCUUAUAACAUCGAAUACUAGUGAUGGAAUACCACCUAAUACCCCGACUAAGCAACCAAAUGAGCGAGGUGAAAUUUCUAGUUCUUGUUCUCCCGAUAAGAAUAGUAGUCACGGCACACCUACAAUGGCGGUUCGGCCAAAAAACAAGCUAAAACAGAUGCAUUGGGAAAAGAUUGAUGAUAUUUAUCAAACAUUUUGGAAUGAUAUUCACCAUGGGAAGCUAUCUGAUAAGUUGCUAGAGACUGGUAUUCUAGGAGAGGUGGAAAAAGUGUUUGCUGCCAAGUCCUCUACUAUGAAAUGGAAGCCUAAGAAUAAUAACCAUGCUUCGUCAUCGAAUUCUGAAAAAAGGGUCAAUAAAGUGUCAUUUUUAACUAGGGAUACUGCUCAGCAGUUUGGGAUCAAUUUGCAUAUGUUCGCUAAUAUCCCAGUGAUGGAUUUAGUUGCGAAGGUAUUGCAUUGUGACAAGGACAUCUUGGAAAAUUCUAGCGUCUUAGAGUUUUUCAAUAAUGAUAGUCUUACCGAUGUUUCUGAUUCGAUGGUUAGAAACUUUGAACCAUUUUCAAUCGAUUUUACCUUACCGGAGAAAAAGCCCAUAAGAAAUCCUGAAGAAUUAGAGCGGCCGGACCGUUUAUAUUUGGAGUUGUGUUUUAACUUGAGGCAUUAUUGGAAAUCUAGAUCGAGGGCCAUACUCUUAAUUCAUACGUUUCAAAAGGAUUAUUCAGAUCUAAUGCACAAAUUGCAAAUGGUCGACGCUGCUAAUAAAAACUUAAGGAAUUCGGAGAGCUUGAAAAAUGUACUAGGUAUUAUAAGAUCGGUUGGAAAUUUUAUGAACGAUGCUUCAAAACAAGCGAUGGGUUUUAAAUUAGAUACAUUACAGAGACUCAAGUUCAUGAAAGACGAUAAGAAUUCAAUGAAUUUCUUAAAUUAUAUUGAGAAAAUUGUUAGAAACACAUUUCCUGAAUAUGGCUCUUUCGUGGAUGAACUCAAUCCUUUAAGUGUCAUCAAGAAUUUAUCCAUAGAGCAAUUGGAAAAAGAUUGCAAUGAUUUCGAAAAAUCCAUUACUAAUACUUUGAGCUCAAUGUCCAAAGGUAAUUUAAGUGAUCAGUCAUUAUUCCAUCCAGAAGAUAAAGUUUUAUCUGUCAUCUCUGGCCCAUUGGAAAAUGCAAGGCUGAAAAACUCCUUAUUAAAGUCUCAUCUCUCUAGGACUCUAGAAGAAUUUGAACAAUUGAUGGUAUAUUACGGUGAAAAUCCUAGGGAUUCGAAUAGCAGAAACUAUUUCUUUAGCAAAUUCGUGGCCUUCAUUAACGAGUUCAAAAAAUCACAUAUAGAAAAUGUUCAAAAAGAGGAGGAGCAGAGAGCAUAUGAAGCCCGAAAAAGGGCUGUGGAAAAUGCCAAAGAGCCACAGGAACGUAGAACUAAAAAGAAACCGCUGAAAUUAUUAGGUGAACAAAAAGGGACUGCAAAAUCGAAAGAAGGCGUCGAUGUUGAAGACGAGAAUAAUUCGAACGAUGAUGAAGAAAUAGACAUCUCUCAGAUCCUGGAUAGUGACAAUUCGAAUGCCAUGAUAGACAGUCUUCUUCAACGACUCAAAGCUAGGGCGCCACUUUCGUCAUCCUCGGGAUCUUCUCGAGAGUCUCGAAGUAGAAGCAAGUUCAACAAAUAUUCAUCUGAUUAUUCGUCAAAGUCUUUUGACGACUUACUUCUCACAAAUAAGGGGCCACCUUUAGGAGAGGCUAAACAUGAAUAUCAAAGUAUCACUCUGCUAAAAAGAAGAUUAACCACAAGAAGAAAGUCUACAGAUCUUGGAAAUAUGCUUCCAAAGACUGAUCAAGUCAUGUUACGCGCACAUGCUAUGUUGACUCAACUAAGGAGCGAAGAUUCUCAGAAAGAGGAAACUCAAACCCUAGAAUAUUCUGAUAGUCAAAAUGAUUCGAGGGCCAGAGUAAAUCAGGGAUCCCAAUGCCAGGAUUCUGAAUCCAACUACUUAUUCCCGGCAUCAACUUCUAUUUCUGUGCCAGAGUAA